GUCUAUUCCUUACUGUUAGUGUACUGUUGUGGUUCAACUAGUUUUGCAAGAUGGAUUUAUCAAAAAUUAAUGCCUCAUCUGUCGUAGCGAGGAAACCCGUGAAGAAACUCCGAGAAUUACCGAUCGACAUUCCAGUACCCAUUACGGGAGCCAAAAUUGUGAAGACAAAGUUUGGGCAAGCUGUUCUGUUAGAUUUGGGGGAAGAGGUGGUGUUUCUACCGCCUAGAGUCACAGAUACCUACAGCCCCGUCAUUGAGGAGUUUUCGAGCGGGAAGUAUUCGAUAGUUUAUCACGGCCUGGUGGACUGCGGCCAACAGUACCAGCCCAUGACAUCAUUUAAAAUUAUCUAAGCGAAAAUACUGAGAGAAAGAGAGGUAAGCAAUAUGGAUAUUGUUAAACAAUGUAAAAAUUUACUGUUAUUCAUCAAAAGAAUCAGAAAGAUAGUUUUUGAUAAAUUCACAGCUAAAGACAAAGAAAUUUGGGUGAAACGCUUAACGAAACAAAUCAAAACUUGUAAUAAAGUAAUAAAAAAACGCACUUUGCCUAUAGGUACAAUUAGAAAACUGCAAACGCAUGUAGGACAUUUUAAACAUUUUAAACAGAUUAUUUUCAAUAGACAUGUCGGUAUGGGGCUAGACAACAAACUAAAACAUAGAGUUAAAUGGGAAAAUGUAGUUUCCGCGUUUAAAAGUCGAAUUAAAACUGGAGUUAUAGUUAAUUUAUGGCAUAAGGACUUAGCACAUUUCCUAAAUGAUUGUUAUAUUAUUUUUAAAAAUAAAAUCAGAAAAAUUUUAAAAGCAGAUAAAGUUGUUAAAGUUAAUGUUUGUUUUUGUGGAGAAUUUAUUAAAAAAUCGGGGGAGGAGGAAAUUGUAAAUUUUAAAUAUUUUAAUACAAAAAAUGCUGUACUAGACGUAUCUACCGAUACAGAGCGGUGGUUUUUUGAGAAUGUUAAAGAUAAAAUAAAUCUUAAAUUAUCCGAGUUUCAGGAAAGGGACUCCGGUUUUGCAUUAAAUAGAAUUGUAUCUUUAGAAGUAAAUAUUAAUCGAUAUGAAAUUGGAAAUGGUUCCUCGUAUAUUAAACUUCCUGAGAGUAUUCAAAAAAAGCGUGCUUGUAUUAAUGUAAAAAAUUCUGAUCAAGCAUGUUUUUAUUGGGCAAUAGUUAGUGCCCUCUAUCCAGCUAAAGCACAUAAAGAACUCCCAUCCUCAUACCCAUGGUACAGUACAGUACUAAAAACAGAAGACCUAGAGGCACCAAUGCCGUUACAUCAAAUUUCAAAAUUUGAAAAAUUAAAUAAUAUAUCAGUCAAUGUAUUUGCUUUAGAAUUAAUAGAAAAUAAUGAAAAGUCAUUUUUCACAGUAUAUCCAGCUAGAUUAACUAAAACAGUCGUUGCCAAACAUGUAAAUCUUCUUUUAAUUCAGAAUCACUAUUUUCCUAAAUUAAACGAUUAUGAAGCACCUCCAGUGGAUAAUGAUAAUUCAGAAAUUAAGUACCACUACUGCCACAUUACGGAUAUGUCUAAAUUAGUUGCUGGUCAAUUAAAUAAAAGAAAGGCCAAAUUAUUUCUUUGCAAUAGAUGCUUAAAUUAUUUUUCAACUGAAGGGAAAUUGUCGGAACAUGAAAAAAUGUGUGCAGAUAUGAAUAAUUGUAAAAUGUCUUUUCCUAAAUAUGAUGCUGUUAGUUUUAAAAAUUAUACUUAUAAACAAACAACGCCAUUUGUCAUAUAUGCAGAUUUUGAGUGCAUGUUAGAAAAAGUUACAGACCUCCAAACAUCCUGUUGUACUAAAAAAUAUCAAAAACAUAUUCCGUAUAGUGCUGGAUACUAUGUAAAAUGUAGCUAUGAUGAAAAGUUGUCUUUUUUUAAGAGUUAUAGAGGCAUUGACUGCAUGGAGUGGUUUGCUAAUGAAUUACCAAAUUUAGCUCAAAGUAUUCAUUCGAAAAUUAAGAAAAUUAUACCAAUGCAGGAAAACCCGAGUACCAGUAAAGCCACAAGGUGUCACAUAUGCGAAAAAUGUUUUUCUCCUACAGAUAUCAUUGUUAAAGACCACGACCAUUUUACGGGGGAGUUCAGAAAUUUCGCCCACCAAGCCUGUAAUUUAAAUUUCAAAAAAUUGUUUGUCGUCCCAGUUAUUUUUCACAAUAUGAGUGGCUACGACAGUCAUUUUAUAAUUUCAGAGUUAAGCAAAAAAGGAGAUAUUAGUCUACUUCCAGUCAAUAAAGAAAAAUACAUUUCAUUUACACUUAACGAUGCUGUUACUAAUAUAAAAUUUCGAUUUAUUGAUUCAUUAAGAUUUUUAGGAGCCUCUUUAGAUGAAUUGGUCUCAACAUUAAAUAAAAAUGACUUUAAAAUUUGCAAGCGAGAAUUUAGCAGGUUAAGUGACGAUGAAUUUAAAUUAAUAACUAAAAAAGGGGUAUUUUGCUAUGAUUUUAUUGAUUCUUGGGAAAAAUUAAACAUUACCGAUUUACCUCCAAUAGAGGCAUUUUAUAAUAAGCUAAACGAUACGAAUCUUACAGAUGAGAAGUAUGCUCAUGCUAAAAUAGUUUGGGAUACCUUUAACAUUGAAAAUUUAGGUCAAUAUUCAGAUUUGUACUUAAAAACCGAUAUUGUGCUUUUAGCAGAUGUUUUUGAAACUUUCCGCAAAAAAUGUUUUAUAACUUAUGGGUUAGAUCCAGCCUGGUACUACACAAUGCCCGGUUAUUCUUGGGAUUGUAUGUUGAAAUACGUGGGGUGUAACCUCGAGUUAUUGCGUGACGUUGACAUGAUACUAUUUAUGGAGAAAGCAAUUCGUGGAGGAAUUUCAGUAUGUAGCGGUAGAAUGUCGGAGGCCAAUAAUAAGUACAUGUCUAAUUAUGACCCCGCACAGCCCUCAAAAUACUUAAUGUAUUUUGAUGUCAAUAAUUUAUAUGGGUGGGCUAUGGGAGAACCCUUACCCUACGGAGGGUUCGAAUGGAUGGAUGCCAAAGACAUUGAUGUUAUGUCUGUACCUGAUGACUCUCCCGUAGGGUACAUGUUACAAGUUGACUUGGACUAUCCUCGCCAAUUACAUGAUCUGCACUCAGAUUUUCCAUUCGCUGCCGAACACCGCAAAGCUUUGGGUUCAAAUCAUACUAAACUAAUGACAACACUUUAUAAUAAAAAAGAAUAUAUCGUUCAUUAUAGAAAUUUAAAACAAAUGCUGGCUAAUGGGUUAGUUUUAAAAAAGAUUCAUAAAAUUUUGAAAUUUAAGCAGUCUGCGUGGCUGCGACCCUACAUAGAAUUAAAUACUCGACUUAGAGCUGCAGCUACGAACGAUUUUGGAAGAAAUUUAUACAAAUUGGCCAAUAAUAGUGUAUUUGGAAAGACUAUGGAGAAUAUAAGGAAACAUAGAAUAGUAAAACUAGUCAGAUCAUGGAAUGGGCGAUAUGGUGCUAAAAAUUUAAUUUCUAGUGCCAGGUUUCAUAGCAGAAAGAUAUUUAAUGAAAAUUUAGUAGCUAUAGAACUGAUUAAAUCAGAUCUAGUUUUUAAUAAACCCUUAUACAUUGGCAUGACUGUUUUAGAUAUAUCAAAAUUAUGUAUGUACCAAUUUCAUUACGACUAUAUGCUUCCAAAAUUGGGCGCAGAUAAAUGUAAUUUAAUGUAUAUGGAUACCGAUAGCUUUAUUUAUGAACUGUACUGUCAUGAUGCAUAUGAGGAAGUAAUAAAACAAGAUCUAUCAAAAUUUGAUACAUCCGAUUACGCUGUAGAUAAUAUCUAUAAUAUUCCUCGCGUAAAUAAAAAAGUUUUAGGAGUAAUGAAAGAUGAAAAUAAAGGAGAAAUUAUGACAAAAUUUGUGGGAUUACGAUCAAAAAUGUAUACUUUUAAAGUUCAAUCUGGUCGAAUCACUAAAAAAGCAAAAGGGACUAAAUAUAAUAUAGUAAAAAAUGUUAUAAAAUUCGAUGAUUAUGUAAACUGUUUAAAUGAUUUUAAGGAACAAACUGCUACUCAACACUCCAUUCGGUCAUAUAGCCAUAACGUCUAUAGUAUAGAACAAACAAAAAUUGCGCUAAGUCCUUAUGACGAUAAAAGAUAUUUAAUUCCAAAUAGUUUUAGAACCCUACCAUUGGGACAUUACAGUAUUUUAGAAUAGAUUUUUUUUUGUAGAUGAAUGUUCCAUCAUUGACCGACCUGUCUAUCAAAAAAAUCUGUGAAACAACAGUAUCAGCAUCAUAUUUCAUCGAGCAGUCCCCCUUGCCGUGGACAUUAACAAAAAUAAUAUUAAAAAAAUUUCCUUUAUAUAAAUGGGAAACGAUGAUAAGCAGUGCUAAAAAUGAUCCUAUUCCUUCAUAUAAAGGAAUAGAAUUUAUUGCUUGCUCUAAACACAUACCGUCACAUUUAAGAAAUGUCGUAUUAGGAAAGUCAGAUUGGGGGAGUAUAUUUGAAGAUGAACACUCCAGUUAUUGUGUAUGGGCUAAUGGAUAUUAUCUUAAGCAGCAUCGCCUAAACGUAUGUAAAUCAUGUUUUUUUGCAUUCAAAAAUGCUCAUGAGACCUUAAAUAAAUUUUUACUGGUGCGUUACGACCAUACUCACGAAGUUUAUGAUGCUGAUGAUAUCGUUGAAUGCGUAUAUCAGCAACCAUAUUAUUGGUGCAAUAGUUGCUUUACUCAAGUUUUAUUCGAUUUAAAAGAUUACGAGUCUUGCGUUAAUGCAUUACAUGAAAUGCCUAGAAAUAACAGGUUUGAUGAUUCUGAACCAGAAGUCUGAAGUAGGCAGUAAUAUUGAUUCUUUUUUAAGGAACAAACUGCUACUCAACACUCCAUUCGGUCAUAUAGCCAUAACGUCUAUAGUAUAGAACAAACAAAAAUUGCGCUAAGUCCUUAUGACGAUAAAAGAUAUUUAAUUCCAAAUAGUUUUAGAACCCUACCAUUGGGACAUUACAGUAUUUUAGAAUAGAUUUUUAUUGCAGAAGAACGUUGAAAUGUCUCACAGAUGUGUUACACCAGACCUAUGGACUCCCGCUAAUCUGCAACAAAUAGCAGCCAAUAAAAUUUAUUGGGAUGUAGUUGAUGCUAAUACAAAGACAUUUACGCUUCCAAGUGGAGAGCAACAUCCUCUCCCUCAAGAUGUGAUUGGUAUUGAACGAUGGUACAGCAAGCAAGGAUGUACCGCGAAUUUUAAGAUUCCCAAGCAAAUACGAUUCAGUUUAAACGUAAAUUGUAUAAGAGAAUUAAAACUACAAAUUGUGAAGAACUGUGAAAAAGUGAUGUCAUGCGGGUGUCGAAGAUGCGGGGCUCCCUAUGGAUUCCCCCCAAUUUACAAAAAAUAGCGAAUACAAUCCUAAGUAAAUUGUCUAAGAGAAUUAAAACUACAAAUUGCAAAUAUUUAAAAAUUGAUUUUUGAGACGAAUUAUGUUCAUAAGCUACUAUCUCUCUUUUGUACUAAACGCAUAACAAUAUCCACUUGCUAUCUCUCUCUUUCUUGUAUAUAUAUUGUAAAAUAGUGUGUAAUAUAUAUAUUAUGGUAAAAUAAAAACUCUAAAUUGGUA